AUGACAUGCCCUGUGCGGGCACCAUGUCUGCUGGGGACAACAUCAGAGUUUGAGCAGUAUGAAACUGAAGCAGCCAUGAGGCAAGGAAGGGGCAGCCUUUUGGCCAGAAAAAACCAGUGUGUAUCUGGUGUCACUGUGCAGCUGGAGAUGAGGAGCCUUUGGGAGGAGUUCAACAGUCUUGGCACUGAAAUGAUUGUCACCAAGGCAGGACGGAGGAUGUUCCCCACCUUCCAAGUGAAGAUAUCAGGCAUGGACCCUUUGGCUGACUAUGUGCUGCUCAUGGACUUUGUGCCUUUGGAUGACAAAAGAUACCGGUAUGCAUUUCACAGUUCGGCUUGGUUGGUAGCUGGCAAAGCGGAUCCUGCUACACCUGGCCGAGUUCAUUUCCACCCUGACUCCCCAGCCAAAGGAGGCCAGUGGAUGAGGCAAAUCGUCUCCUUUGACAAGCUCAAGCUCACCAACAACUUGAUGGACGACAAUGGCCAUAUCAUCCUGAAUUCCAUGCAUAGAUACCAGCCCAGAUUCCAUGUGGUGGUGGUAGAUCCACGUCCAGACAGUGAGCGUUAUGCCCAGGAGAAUUUCAAAUCCUUCAUUUUCACCGAAACUCAAUUCAUGGCUGUGACAGCCUAUCAGAACCACCGGAUCACACAGCUGAAAAUCGCUAGUAAUCCAUUUGCAAAAGGGUUCCGGGAGUGCGAACCAGAUGAGUGGUAACUAUCAGGAAAGAGCUUCCGUGCUGUAUUUGUUUUCUUUCUAGGAUUUACCAGCAGCCAUCAUCUUCCUCCUUCUCUUUUCAAAGAAACCUCACAGCUCCAACACUCACCCCUGGUGACUCCCACCAACCUCUCGGAUAUGUGUACUGCUCGACGGCCCUUCAGUGAAGCAUCCGGGGCCCUGCCCUACAAGCAUCUCUCCUAUCACAGCAUCUACGUGGGAGCCCGCUCACGUGCAACACCAUAUGCACUCCCCAGCAGCCGGUCCACCAGCUUCCACACUCUCAACAUCUACACAGCUGGUGGCUAUCAACAAUAAAGGAAAAAAAGAGAUAGAGGUAGAUCAAGCAAGCACACCCCUCAUUGAAUCUACACAACAAGAGUCAAAUGUGUGCCCACUUUCCCCUCCUGUUGUCUAGAUCAUUCCACUGUCUGCCCACAGAGGUCCUCCCAUUUCACA